AUGAAGGCAUUCGCUCUCUUCGCAUCUGCCUCGGCAUGGACCAGUUCAGAGUACGCUACCACGUAUUCGUAUUGGGAUCCCAGCAAUAUGACCUGCGGCGGAACCAUCACCGAAUCAACCCUUCUCGUCAUUCCAACGGAUGAAAAUGGUUUCUACUACAACGACAUGGACUGCCACUGGGAUCUCCAAUUCCCAGAGGACGUCAGCCUCUUGCACGUCGUUCCACGCAACUUCGCCGUCGAGGACUGCGGUUCGGGAUGCUAUUGUGACGCGCUCAUUGUCAACGCAAACCAGACCGACGAAUCGGGCUACUGCGGCUUCCAAGAAACCUCUCGACGAAGGAGACAAGCCGAAAAGGAAUACAGUCUCGAAGGUAGAUAUAAUAUAUAUAAUGAGAACUCGAACAAUACUGGCAUGGAUGCGCGAACUAUCGUCGGAAACACCGGAACGAUCAAAUGGUUCACCGAUGGCUCAGUUGCCUAUCGGGGUGCCGAAGUCUGCAUUUACGCCGAUGGAGACGAUAUGGAAGCUGUUUGCCCCCCACCUGCCCCAGCGGCUCCAGCAACUCUUUCUCCAGCCGACGCUUGGGCCCAGAUCGAAGCCGCUGCUGCUGAUGUGGCCACCGUCGUCAACGACUUCUACGCCGCUCUCCCCGGCCUCGGUGCCAACUCCGUCCUCGCAACCAAGAAGGUCAAUCGAUUCAACGAUUUCUUCGCCAAGAUGCAAAAGCUCAACAACCACUCUUCCGCCGAUGCCUGCGCCUACCCUGCUGGCUCCAACGAUCACUCCACUUUCGUCUCCCCUGUCGACUCCGCUGACGGCUGCGAGGAAUUGGCAGGCCUUUUCGCCUCUCUCGCCUCCUUCCUCGACUCCUACGUCUGCCUUCCCAGCGCCGAAUCCAGAUCAAUCAAAUGGACUAGACUCAUCCAGCGACAGCGAAAAUUGGUCAUGACCCGAAAACUCAAGCAGAUGAGCUGCGGAAACUAA